CAGCGCAUGCGCAUUUCGAAACCUGUUGAGUUCAUCCGGCUGGCGCUCCGAUGACGACAUGCUCUUAUUUUUACCGCAGUGACCUCAUCUCUUAUGGCAUCGGGAGGACUUCGCCGAGCGUCGUCGUCUUCUUCUUCACCCUCUUCUCCUCCUCCUUUAAACCUCGCAAUGGCCGCUCCAAGCCGGGCGGACCGCUGAGGAGCCGUCGGGACGUUUUCAAUCGAGAGGAACCAGUUAAGCAUGAAGACCAGGAUCAGAUUCUUCAGGACUCAGUCCAGGUGGAGACUCCAAACCCCCCCCACCAGGCCCGCCAACUCUCUUUAGACAGUCACUGGAACAGUGAGGGGAGGGGGGCAGAGUAGGGGGAGGGUCCGUCUCCUUGUCUCUCUGCCUGUCUGUCUGUCCAUCAGGAUGACAUUAUACCUGGCUGACACAUUGCUGUUCUUCAUCCUCUGAGCUUCCUCCUCAGGUCGUGAGGGGGGGGGGGGGGGGUGACAUGUCUGUCAUGUCAAGGUCUGGGUCGCGGCCCAUAGGAGCGCAGGCUCUGGUGGUCCUGCUGGAGGGGGGGCUGGACCGCGUGCUGCUGAUUGACAGCCGGCCCUUCGUGGACUUCAACGCGGCCCACAUCCUGGAGGCCGUGAACGUGAACUGUUCCAAGCUGAUGAAGAGGAGGCUGCAGCAGGACAAGGUCCAGAUCCACGAGCUCCUGCAGCACUCGGCCAAGAACAAGUUGGAGCUGCAGGAGGAUCAGGAGGUCGUAGUUUACGAUCACAGUUCUUCAGAUCCGUCUUCCCUCAGCUCAGAGUCCUUCCUCAGCGUGCUGCUGCUGAAACUGGAGAAGAGCUUCCCCUCAGUGCACCUGCUCUCAGGUCAGUCCCAGGCAGGUGGGUUCUCUGAGUUCUCCCAGCUGUUCCCAGGUCUGUGUGAGGGGAAGUCCUCUGUGGUUCCCUCCUGCAUGUCUCAGCCGUGUCUGCCGGUGAGCAGCACCGGGCCGACCCGCAUCCUGCCUCACCUCUACCUGGGCUGCCAGCGGGACGUCCUCAACAAGGAUCUGAUGCAGCAGAACGACAUCGUCUACGUGCUGAACGCCAGCAACACCUGCCCCAAGCCCGACUUCAUCCCGGAGUCCCACUUCCUCCGGGUCCCCGUCAACGACUCCUUCUGCGAGAAGAUCCUGCCCUGGCUGGACCGCUCCAUGGACUUCAUAGAGAAGGCCAAAGCCUCCAACGCUCGGGUCCUGGUCCACUGCCUGGCCGGGAUCUCCCGCUCCGCCACCAUCGCCAUCGCCUACAUCAUGAAGAGGAUGGACAUGCCGCUGGACGAGGCCUACAGGUUCGUCAAGGAGAAGAGACCAACCAUCUCUCCCAACUUCAACUUCCUGGGUCAGCUGCUGGACUUUGAGAGGAGGAUCAAGGGGCCACCGGGCCCUGAGUCCAGACUGAAGGCUCACGGCGGUGAGGCCCCCCCUCAGCAGGAGCACAGGGAUCCUCCGGCCCCCGCGGACCCAGAGCCGGCCUUCAGGGUGCCCCUCACCCUGCCUCCAGAGGAGCGCCGCCUGGCCGAGGCGCUGAGCGGCCUGCAGCUGGCCGACGCCCCCGAGGACAGCGUCCGCCUGAAGCGCUCCUUCUCCCUGGACAUCAAGUCCUACGGUGAGCCGGGGGGGGAAAGCGCCCCCCACUGCGUCUUCGCUCCUCACGGAACGCCGGGAGAUGCGGAUUUCUUCAAAGCGCCGGGCUUCAAGGAAGCCGCCAGUAAGCCGUGCCAGUUCUCCCCGGUGGAGGAGGUGUCGGAGCAGAGCCCCGACCAGGAGGCUCCGCCCCGCUCCUCCACCAAACUCCGCCCCGCCGCCCCAGGCUGCUUCCGGCGGAGCGGCAGCAUGGAGGAGAACGCUGCCAGCUUCCUGUUGGGCCUGUCCCGCAGCCAGCAGCACCUGGCGCGCCCCGGGGAGGCCCUGAAGGGCUGGCACUCCGACAUCCUGCUGGGACCCGUCUCCUCCUCCUCUCUGGCUGGCGGCUGGUACCUCUCCUCCGCCGUCCUGGGCGGGUGCGGCGGCGGCCUGGAGGCGGUGAGGAGGCGCAGCCGGCAGAGGCCGGGGGACCGAGGGGACUCGAGGAGGAGCUGGCACGAGGAGAGCAGCUUCGAGAAGCAGCUGAAGAGACGCAGCUGUCAGAUGGAGUUUGGAGACCAGAGGGUGGACAGCAGGUCCAGAGAGGACAUGACUGGGGGGGGACAGUCCAGCUUCUCUGGGAGCAUGGAGGUCAUCCAGGUCUCCUGAUCCUGGGACCAGUGGUUCGGAGUAACGUCCAACAGACAGGAAGUGACCUCCCAACUGUUACCUGUGACGAGUGUUGCAUUCUGGGACUGCUUGUUAGCACUGCUAUGCUAACGGUCGUUGUUGUUUUUAUGUUUCUGAAGUUCUUCACUCUAACACCUGAAUUACAAAUCUGCACGUCAUCAGAACUUUGUUUACCUUCAGUUGAUGCUUUGAUUUAAAUAAACUAUUGUUCAUGAUGAGUAAAUAUAAUGAAAGCUCACCUGUGAUGAAGAGGAGGAGGAGGAGGAGGAGGAUGUGGCUCAGUUCAGCGCUCACAGAGCAGAACCUGAUAAUUAAAUGUGUUUGAACCAAAA